AUGGCGCUUUCGAGCCAUGGCAUUGGUGAUGUGGGGGCCAAUUCCGAUAUCAUGCAUGCGAAUGCGCCCGAGGAUGAAGGUCCAACGCUUAGGAAAAAACGGUCGUCUUCACCGAAGCCAAAGACACCUCUGAUCGUUGCAGAAAACUCAGGCAAUGUACAGGUGCGAACUACGCCACAGGGCACGAAAUUUAACCGCCUUCCAAAGCUCGGAGGGCUUUCGUCAGACAUACUGACACUCUAUGGUGCAUCAGCUGGAUGCAUAUUGGUUUUUGUUUUUUUGGGCGAAUGGCUCCGACGUGACAUACCAGCGGGCAAGUUUGAGAAGAUCGACAAAACGUUGAUCGACAUUGACGACUUCUGUGUGCAUGAGCUAGGCCCAUAUCCGAAAUGCCAUCCUCGUUUUGGUCAUCAUGUGGUUCUUGAACAUGGGAUUGAACGAUGGGUCAAGAACUCGGAUGUUUCGCGCGGCGGUCCAUACCCACCUGGCCAUCCCGAAAAUCCGGAGUGGCUAUCCAAGUCCACCGUUCUUCUGAAACAGGCCCCGGGAAACAAAUUCGGAGAGUUCCAAUCCCACGUGCACUUAGUUCUGCUUCCGGCGUUGUGCGUGAUGCUGGCGUCGAAACAAAGCGUAUGGUUUUACAUCCAUGAGCAGCCAUCACGUGCGGUUACACCCGUGGUCGAGCAGCAGGACGCGUUCUGGUUUCCUAUCCUUGGUUCAGGAGUAUUGUUCGGCUUAUUUGCAAUUGUGAAACUUUUGGGUCAUGAUUGGCUGAAGCAAGCAAUCGCCAUCAUCAUGGUGUGUGUUUGUGCACUCGGCGUGGCGUCGAACAUCGAUGCCAUUGGGCACCUUGUCGGAAAGAAUCACAGUGCUGCCACGCUUGUGUCGAUGAACGUGGAGGCUGUGUCGAUGAAAUUGGAGGUGUCGCUGGUGGAUGUGCUUGGUGCGGUGGUGGCAUUGACCCUUGCAGUAACAUACAUGUCAACGGGACAUUGGAUCGUGAACAAUGUCCUCGGAUUCUCUUUCUGCUUGCUUGGCAUCAGGUCGCUCAAUUUGUCCAGCUACAGCACUGGUGUUGUGCUAUUGGGCGGCCUUUUCGUGUAUGACGUGUUUUGGGUUUUUUUCAGCGAGCCGAUUUUUGGAUCGAACGUAAUGGUCUCAGUGGCGAAGGGGAUUGAGGCCCCAAUAAAACUGUUGCUUCCGCGAGACUAUGGUGGAUGUGGUGACCUGCAGUUCAACAUGCUGGGCCUCGGAGACAUUGCAGUCCCGGGGUUAUUCAUGGCCUUCUUGGCGAAGUGGGAUGCAGUCAGAAUGGCAGAUGGUUUCAGCAGUAACUUCAUCUACCUGAGAUCUGCGCUGUUCGCAUACGUCCUGAGCCUGAUCACGACGAAGACGGUGAUGAUGGCUUUUCAGCAUGCACAGCCAGCUCUCCUGUAUAUUUGCCCGUAUUUGAUCAUAGCGUCUGUGUGCACUGCGCUGGCACGUGGUGAGCUUGCUGAUCUGAUGGGCUUCACAAUUUCCGAAAGGGUGGAGGUGGAUACGCGAUCCGAGUUCAGAGGCCAGUCGCUUCAGGCGUCUACAUCGUCUGAACCCGAGGUUGAGCGGAAGAACAGGGCUGAUUAA